AUGAGCGCUAUCGCCAAGCGCGCGUUCGGCGCCCGGACCAGCAGCCGCGCCGUCUGCCCGAGCUGUCGAUUGCAGCAACAGCAACAGCAUCAGCAAGCGCGGCGUCGCACCUUUGCCAGCGCCCGCUCCCCCGCGUCGCCGCCGCCCAAACCCCCGUCCUCGGGCUUCACGGCCUUGUCUUCGAGACAACUGCUCGCCGUGUCCGGGCCUGACGCGCCCAAGUUCCUGCAGGGCAUCAUCACGGCCAAUGUUGCUCAACCCGAUGGCUUGCCGCGAACGGAUGGCUUCUACACGGGCUUUCUCAACGCUACCGGCCGCGUGGUGCAUGACGUUUUCAUAUAUCCCUUCAGCAGCGGCUCGGGCCUCCCCGUCAAGGACGAUGGCUUCUUGAUAGAGGCGGAUGCGAGCCAGAUGGGACGACUGGCCAAGUACAUCAAGCGAUACAAGCUGCGGGCCAAGGUUGCCGUACGAAACAUUACACCCGACGAAGCGAGCGUCUGGCACACGUGGGACGAUGGUGCGAGCUACAAUCCACAGACAAGCGCGUCCAGGAUGGUGCUUCAAGACCCACGGGCGCCCGGCCUGGGUCACCGCGUCAUCCAGCUCGGCGGCAAGACGCCCAAGCUGGACCUCGAGCAGUCGACCGAAGACGCGUACACGAUCCGGCGCUACCUACAUGGCGUGGCCGAGGGCCAGGACGAGAUCAUCCGCGAGCAGGCCCUGCCGCUGGAGAGCAACAUGGAGCUGAUGAACGGCAUCGACUUCCACAAGGGCUGCUACGUCGGGCAGGAGCUCACUAUUCGGACCAAGCACCGGGGCGUUGUGCGCAAGCGCAUCCUGCCCUGCAUGGUCUACUCGCGGGACAAGGCGGCGCCGCAGUCGCUGCUGUACGAGCCCGGCGAGCCCGAGGGGUCGCCGUCCUCGGACCCGCCUGUCGAGCGGCUCACGGCCGACAUGAUCCCCGGGGAGACGAGCAUCGGUCGGUUCGGCAAGCGGGGCCGCAGCGCGGGCAAGUGGCUCGCGGGCAUUGGCAACGUCGGGCUCGGGCUCUGCCGCCUUGAGAUCAUGACGGACGUGGUGCUGCCGGGCGAGCAGGCGGCGGCCACGUUCACCCCAGACGACGAGUUUGUGCUGGAAUGGGGCGAGGAGGAGAGCAAGAGCAGCGUCAAGGUCAAGGCGUUUGUGCCCGAGUGGCUGCGACGGGGGCUCGAAGAGUCGCAGCAAUGA